AAUAUCAUACUGUAAAAAACUUCACUGCGAGUUAAACUGCAGUGAAAAUGUUACUGAAGUAAAGGUAUGUAAGUAAAAUCAGGAAAAUGUACUUAAAAGUUACAAAAGUAAAAGUAUGCACUGCAGCAAAUGGCCCCUGUGACUUCUAUGCUAUUAUAUAUUAUAUUAUUGUAAUAUUAUAACUCAUGCAUCAAUGCAUAAGCAGCAUUUUGUGGUUGUAGGUUGGAGCUAAUCUUAUACACAAAGCUGUAAAGUCUGUAAAACUUCUGAGAAAUGCUCAUCACAAUUACCCAGAGCCCAAAGUGACACCUUGACACUGUUUGUUUGACAAAAUUAUUAUCGCAACAAAAAGGUGCAAAUCCUCACAUUUGCAUUGGAGAAGCUGGAACCAUGAAAUGUUUGUCAUUUUUGUAAUGGUUGCCAAUUUAUUUUCUAUCAACUGACUAAUUGAUUAUUGAAUUAGUCAUUUCAUUUGUUAUGUUCUUGUUCUUAGGCUUCGUUCUCCGGCAAAAAUGUUCAUAUUGACCAGCAGCAGAUCGUGAGGGUUUGCUUAGCCAACAUUGGUCAGUAGAAGAGUCUCAGAUCCAGGGGCGCGGUCAUGUGAUGAAAAUGUAUAAGGGUAUGUGAACUUCCAACAGAAGAAAAUCAUUUUAUUUAUUUAGUUUUAAAUAAUAAGCCAUCAUUUUUUUUGGAUUUUGAUUGCUUUGUCGUCUUCACACAUACUCGCUCACUUUAUAUUCAAACCCUUAAAUAUUCAUAUUCUCAUUUAUUCUUUUAUUCAUUCAGAUGAAGGGGCCCCACAGGGCUCCUUCCCCAUUUUCUGGUGGAUGUAAUCCAGAUGAGGAUAUUAAUAUGAAGGACGUGAAGGCCUAAUGAGUAAACAGCUGUGACAUCAGCCACAAAGCUCCAGAGAUAUCAAUAUCUCUGUAAUAUCUCUCUUAUAUAAAGUGUAAAAGACUUUCCACAACUAUUAAUAUUUCACCAAAGUCACUUUCAUGUAGGAGCCAAAUAUUAAAAACACCAUUACUCAGUCCAACAUUCCCUGUCCAAAGAAAAUAGAAAUAUAGCUUAGCUGCAAAAUAUUUUACAUUCAAGAUUUGAUAAAUUCAUAAAAUAUUUAUUUAUCUAAACAAUAAAUGUAAAUUAUGAAAAUCUGCAAGUCUUGAAAAACAAGUUAUUUAAUUAAUUUUUGCGUUCAGAAUUGACCUGGUGUGGGUCAGUAUAACACAGAUGUAAUAAUGGGUAAAAGAUUUGCUCCUGACAUGUUUCAUGACAUGUAAAAAUAUUUUUGCUUGGAAUAAUAAUUUGUGUCUGAUAUUUUUAUUCCCCAAAAUAGUUUCUUCGCCUUUACUGGAAAAUCCAGUAAAUUUCAUUUCAGACGUUUGACAGAAUCUGUUUCCUACUUCAUUCAAAUGUAUUUUGUCAGUGUGUGUGUGUGGGCUGGAGGAUUCAAGUUUCCACAUCACACUUGUGUAAGUUGCAUACUGGAUAAUGAUUGGCCUCUGAACUAGUUGUGAUGUCACAAAAUCCCACUCCUACAAACAGUGUUCAACUCAGAUUGAAACUUUCCCUCUUGAGCGUGAAAACAGACUUCUAGUGUCAAACUGUGCACAUCAGUCUGGUCAGAGAAACGCAAACAGCCAAGUGAAGCAACAAUAAGCAAAACACGUGUUUGAGUGGAGGGGGACUUUAACUUUACCAAGUGGGUUCCCACAGUCAACUGAAAAUAACACAAAAACUGGGCACAUGGUUUUUGGGUAAAGUUGCUCUGGCAUGAUGGAGGCCCACACUGGGUCAGUAUUGAGCCUAAUCACUUAUAGUCUGUACUGUCGCUGAUUUACAGGCUAAAUUAUUUGCUAUACAGUGUUUUCUUUAAUAUAAUUGAACUUAUUUUACAUACAUAAACGUUUUGAAUACUUCUUUCACCACUGGAUUGUAUGAGGUUACAUAAUGUACAGGGUUUGUUUUUGUGGUCUCUUCGGGGGAACAUUAUAACCACUGUGCAGAUGCUGAACUGUUGGUCAACACUGCGCUCUGAUUCAGAUGUAGGCUGCCGGCUUCAGGAACACACUGCUACCGGAGGGCGGGAUUAUCCUGCAGUUUACUGUCAUGCAGAGUUGAUGUACGAUAAAGUAGAUCGUGUCCAGAUGAGCUUUGCUGCCGCCGCCGCUGCUGCUGAUGCUGCUGCUGAUUUCUGAAUUGUUUUAUCCAGGAUGUUUGCUUUUCCACUUUUCGCCCCUCGGGCCUGGGUUCCUCUCUGAUUUUUUACUUUGUGAUUUUUGACAACACAUCCACAUCCCGGGGUCCUGGGUCUGCGGCCCUGACAUGGAAACGUCCCAGCUCUGUAGAGUUAUGAAGGCAGCUUAGUGAAAAAUGACCUUUCCCUUAAACCUGCAAAGUUUUUCACCUAUGCGAGUUUAGCGCAGGUUGCAGAAGAUGCGCACAAAAUCGGAGUUUCCGUCACUUUCAGCCGACUGGAUCCACACAGAGAGAAGACACCGGGGAAAAGUUUUCAGCAGUUUCUGAACCCCGCCGGUCUGUCCACUGGAGGUCUCCGGGAGGAGCGGGCAGAGGAGGCUGGGCCGACAUGAGGCUGUGUAACCGGGGUGUGAUGAUGCUGCUGACCACGGCGGGGGCUUUCUGCGCCUUCAGCCUCAUGACCAUCGCCGUGGGCACGGACUACUGGCUGUACUCCCGCGGGAUGUGCCGCUCCAAGAACCUGAACGACAACGAGACCGUCCGCAAGAACGAGGAAGUCCUGACCCACUCCGGUCUGUGGAGGACCUGCUGCACGGAGGGGACAUUUCGGGGUGUUUGCAAAGACAUUGAUCACUUUGCUGAAGAUGGAGACUACGAGCAGGAUGCUGCAGAAUAUUUACUGCGAGCAGUUCGGGCCUCCAGCCUCUUCCCCAUCCUCAGUGUGGGGUUAUUAUUUCUCGGAGGUGUGUGUGUAGCUGCCAGUGAGUUCUACAAGUCACGCUACAAUGUCAUUCUCAGCGCGGGUAUACUCUUUGUCUCUGCAGGUCUCAGUAACAUCAUUGGCAUCAUUGUGUACAUAUCAGCCAACUCAGGCGACCCCAGCCAGAGCGACAACAAGAAGAGCUACUCCUACGGCUGGUCUUUCUAUUUUGGGGCUUUGUCCUUCGUGCUGGCUGAGAUGGUGGGUGUCCUGGCAGUGCAUGUGUUCAUAGAGAAGCACAGGCAGCUGCGCACGAAAGGUCGGCCUUCCCUCAUCAAGCCACCCAUCUCCCGUGGCUCAUCUUACUACCGCAACCGAUACUACCAGAACCGCAGCCGCCGAUACAGUUACAGGAGCAACCACAGCGCGGGGGACUCGACCUCACACUCUUUUCGAGCGUCCUUGGUGCAAGAGCGAGAGCCGUCCCUCUCCACUGACUCCAAAGUCACCGGCAUGGCAGCGCCACUGACAGUGGGCUCAGAGUUCAUGCUUUACACCUUAACCUCGCCGCUCAAAGACGGUAAGCUUGACGUGGCUGUGGAUGAUUUAACUACUGCAGUCGCUCACAACAACACAGACAUUCUGCCUGGAAACUGUGCUGCCAACAGAAGGACCACGCCUGUGUGAGCGGAGAUGUUCAGUGAUAAAACACAAGAGGAACUUGAGUGAGAGGAGAACAUUAAAUAAGAGGAAAUCCUCUCACUUCCAGGGUAAAAGAAAGAGGAAAGACUUUGGAUAUUGGCGUAGAGGAGCAUCAACUAAUCUGUUGUUUAUUUGUAGUCGAUGUUUAGUCGAUGAGAUGUCAAAAAACUGUGAAAAAUCCCAAUUCCAAUUUCCCAGAGCCCAAUGUCACGUCUCUAACUUGUUUGUUUUUUCAAUUCAUAACAUUAUAAAACAAUGAAAUUCAGUAAAUCCUUAUGUUUGAGAUGCUGGAAUCGGAUCAAAUGACAAAAACGAUUUUUAAAUGAUCAAAGUAGUUGCUGAUUAUUUCUGUUAGUCAACUAUCAUUCAAGCUCUAGACUGAAGCAAACAGUCUCUUUCAUCUACUGUUGACAAGGUCUGAGAAACAGAGAUGGAGUAAAGAAGAACACAAUUUUGAGAUCUACUACUUUCUUGCUCUUCGUAUGUCACUUUGCUAUGCUAUUGCAUUAGCUGUGUCUACUGUAUAUCUGUAGUGUGGGUGACUGAGUGUGUAUAGUUUUAGGAAUGUGUGUGUAAGACACACAAUCAUGCAGAGAGAGACAGAAAGGAGCAGCAUCCGUUAAAAUAAGAAACUAUUACAUAAAAAAAAACGAACACACACACAUACACCAACACACAUACAUGUGGGAUUGACAUAACUAUGUCCUGUUCCUGUCCUCCUUUUUGUGGACCUAAGCACAAAAUCGAAACCCAUUAAAUGCAUUAAAACGCUAUCUGUCUCUCGCUGUGUGUGUUUAUGUGUGUCACUGUGUGUGUUUGUGUAAGCAUGUGAGCAUGCAUAAGUGUACCAAAAGGAUUCUGCCCAUAUGGUUGUACCGCUGAGUCUCUGUUUACAUCAAAUAAAGCUCAUAA